AUGGAACCAAGCAGUCGGAAAGAUUGUGGACUUCUACUUUGCGGUCAUAAUCAGCUACACGGUUUCUACCUGCCCACAGGGUUUUACAUUCGCACCAUUGCUUCUCAACCAAGAAAUAAUACAGAUCAUACACCUUCCCCUCUCCCCAAGACUGCCUGCCCAGCAAACAAAGAAUCUGAUGGCCAAGAAAAGGGAGGAAUUCUUCUUGAAGAAUGGAAGCUUGUUAUUAGAGAAGCUGGUUUCACUUUGAAUGGCAAGUCCAAUCCCAUCCGGAACUUCUCCAUCAAAGAGCUGGAGCAAGCCACAAACAAUUAUAAUAGCUCUCUAGUUUUUGACCGGUGGAUGUAUUCUGAAUGGUACAAGGGUUCUCUUGAAGGCAGAUUCGUUUCCGUUAGGAAGUUUCAUCCUGUGAUUGACGAUGCUUUUCUUGAGAGGGUCAUCAAGGAAAUUACCUUUGCAACACAACUGGGCGCUCACAAGAAUGUUUUGAAGCUCUUGGGAUGCUGCUUGGAGACCCAGACCCCCGUUCUGGUUUACGAAUAUCCGGUCAAUGGAGUGGUGCCUCUCUAUGAUGUGAUACAUCCUUCUGCAGAUGGAAAAAGUAGGCAGCGUUUGCCAUGGAAAAGUAGGUUAAGGAUUUCAGGUGACAUUGCUCAUGUAAUUGCAUAUCUCCACACUGCAUUUCCGAGGGCUAUCAUUCAUAGAGAGGUAACGCUUUCAUUCUUCUUCUUGGAUGAAGAUUGUGUUCCCAAACUGUCCAAUUUCUUCUUUGCUAUAGCUCUUCCUGAGGGGAGAAAGUAUGUGGUGGAUGCAGUGAUGGGCAUAGAGGGGUUCAUAGCACCCGAGUAUGAGAUGACAGGAAUGGUCACAGAGAAAGUAGAUGUUUUUAGUUUUGGUAAACUUCUUCUGGAGCUUUUAACUGGCAGGGAUUUUGGGCCUUUGGGUAAUGAUGGGGAACUUUCUCUGGAUUGCAUAAAAACAUAUGUAGAAGACCAUGAACUUGAUGGUUUUGUGGAUGCUAGUAUUCUGCCAAGAGGAGGAGAGAUCCAUGACCAACACCAAUUCCUAGCAGUAAUAAAACUUGCUCUGAGAUGCAUCAUGACUGCUGCUGAGCAGAGGCCAACCAUGGUGGAGAUUGCAAAAGAACUCAGGAGAAUUCAGAGAGGCAUCUGCUCAAACAUGACUUUGACACCAACUUCAUCAAUCUCCCCUACUGAUUCCAUGAUUCAGAUGGCAAACCCUCUAAAUCAGUUGAUUGAUGUGAAAUUGGACGUUACAAACUACCCCAUAUGGAAACGUCAAGUUCAGACUGCAAUUAGGGGUUAUGGCCUUGAAGGUUUCAUCCUCGGGACUCGAGAAGUUCCUCCUGAGCUUAUUCAAGUUGAAGACGGCACACAGAUGGUGAAUCCAGCCUAUAUUUCCUAUCAACAACAAGAUCACCUUCUUGCAUCAUGGAUUCUCGCUUCAAUGAGUCCAAGCUUCCUGCCACAACUAGUUGGCAGUGAUACUGCCCUAGAUAUCUGGAAUACUGUUGGGCAUAUCUUUACUUCUCAAUCCACAGCAAAGAUCAUGCACUACAAGCAUCAACUUCAAAUUCUGAAGAAAGGUAGCCUCCCAAUGGUCUACAGUACUAAGGAGGCUGAGAUUCUACAAACUUAGCUAUGCAACAGAAAAAGAAGUUUCAAGGUGGAGGUGGAAUUCAGUUCUACAAUAAUAAGACUUAUCAAGGUGAAGAUCAAGUUUCUGGUGGUCCUAAUAGUCAUGGCACUGACCAAAAGCAAGUCCAGGGAUAAUAGUAAGCCUCAGUAUCAAUUGUGUGCCAAAAUGGGACAUACAGUGCACCAGUGCCACUACAGGUUUGACAUCUCUUUCACCGGAUUGAACAAUGAUAAUGACCAAACUAAUGGUGCUUCUACCUCA